AUGAAUAUAAUACUAAUUCAGUAUAGUAAUAAGAUUAUAAUUACUAAAGAGGUAGUUAAGUAUAAUAAUGAGGUUCAGAUUACUAUAAUAGUAGUUAAGGUUCAGAUUACUAUAAAGAUAAUUAAGAUUACUAUAGAAGUAGUUAAGAUUACUAUAAUAGUAAUUAAGUAUAGUAAUGAGUUCGAGAUUAUAAAGAAGUAUAGUAAUGAGGUUAAAAUUACUAAAGAAAUAAUUAAGAUAAUAGCUAGAAACCGGAAUAAUAUCAAGGUUACUAAAGAGGUAAUUAAGUGCGGUAAUAAGAUUAAGAUUACUAAAAAGUAUAGUAAUAAUAUUAAGAUUACUAAAGAGUAUGGUAAUAAAGUCAAGGUUACUAAAGAGGUAUUUAAAGAGGCAGCUUCUAACAAGUCUAUAAGUUACGAGGUAGUUUAA